UGACGGCUAGGCAUGGGCUGCAAUUGAGCCACCUCUCGCGCCUGCCACCGCUCCCUAUCGCCGGCAAUGCUUGUCAGAAGACAUGUGCCGCUUCUCGAGUCGACCGUGAGAGCCCGCGCCCUGCGCCCGCUGCUGGCCUCGCAAUGCACCCGCCUGCGCUUCUCGACCACCUCCGCGGCCCAUCCUGAGCGCAUUGCGGUGCUCGGCGGAGGCAUUGCCGGCCUCUCGAGUGCCUACUUCGCGUCCCGAGAGUUCCCGGACAGCAAGAUCACCGUGUAUGAGGGCGGGAAAGAGACGGGCGGCUGGAUCAAGAGCAAGAGGGUGGCGGUGCCCGGCGGCGAUGUGCUGUUCGAGUCGGGGCCGCGGACGCUGCGUAAUGCAACGCCCACCGCGCAUCUGAUUGAAGAGCUGGGCCUCGUCGACAACAUCAUCUUCACCAAGCGCACCGAACCUGGCGCGAAGAACCGUUUCAUAUACUACCCGGACCGCCUCAACCGCCUGCCCUCGGAAGCGCCUGGCAUUGGCGACCUUUUCUCGCUAUGGCGGACGGGCAUCCUCGACGGCUUCCUGGGCAUGAUCAAAGAGCCCCUGCAGCCUAAGCGGUCCAUCUCUCUCAGCGAUGAGACAGUUGGCUCCUUCCUUGCACGCCGUGUGGACAAGAGGAUCGCCAACAACAUCAUCUCCGCCGUCUUCCACGGCAUCUACGCUGGAGACAUCUGGCAGUUGAGUGCGAAGACACUGCUCUCCAUGGCCUGGCAGCUCGAGGGCAGGUACGGCACUGCUCUCGGCGGUUUCUUGCGCAUGCAAAACGAGUCUCCCAGCUCGCAGCAACAGGUCAUUGCACACCCUUAUGAUGUCGAAGUUGCGAGGGCGCUGAACAGUGAGAUCGACAUCAGCCUCGAUCUUGCGAAGAGCCUCAAGGAGGCCAGCAUGUUCACCUUCAAGGACGGUCUGCAGACGCUGGUGAAGGGGCUGCAAGACGCCAUGGAGAAGACCGGCAACAUCGAGAUCAAGCUCAACAGCCCCGUGUCAUCCUUCAAGAUGGCGGAAGGCCAGGAGCAGAAGGUCGAAGUUAUCGCUGGCUCUGACGCCAACAAAACCACCGAAAACUACGACAUCGUCAUCUCCACCCUGCGCAACGCAGAACUAACCCCCUACGUCACCGUCAUGACUGUAAAUCUCUACUUCACCAACCCCUCCCUCCUCCCUGUCCAAGGCUUCGGCUACCUCAUCCCGCAAUCCAUCCCCUUCGAGCAGAACCCCGAGCGCGCGCUCGGCGUCAUCUUCGACAACAGCGCCAUCAAAGGCCAGGACAGCGCUCCCGGCACAAAAUUGACCGUCAUGAUGGGCGGCCACUGGUGGAACGGCUUCGAAGGCUACCCUGACGAAGAAGAGGGUCUCGCCAUGGCACGUUCAGUCAUCGAGCGCCACCUCGGUAUCAAAGACACGCCGAUUGCGCAUCACGUCAACCUCAGCAAGGACUGUAUACCGCAGUACACACUAGGCUACGAGGACCGGCUAAAAUCCUUCGCGUCCUCCCUUCAAGACGAGUUCAAAGGCCGGUUACGCGUAGUGGGGAGCCAGUUUCAUGGUGUGGGUGUGAACGAUUGUAUCACGGGCGCGUGGAACGUUGCGAGGGGGUUGAGGGGGGACGGGUGGAAGAGUAGGAGUUGUGGGUUGGAUAGGGUGCAGGACAGUAGGCCGUGGAUUGUGCUGAAUGCGGGGGAUAUGGUGUAUAAG